AUGGUGCCCACCCUCGUUUUCUUCCUCGUCGCCGCCGCUGCGGGAGUUGUUAAUGCAACCCCUGUCCCACGCUCAGACACACAACCAUGUUGGACGACUUACAUUUCCCUGCCCGGCGAAACUUGCGACACAAUUGCUAGGGCAUUCCACAUAACCACGACAGACGUCGUGGAGGCCAAUACAUUCCUCAACUGCAACGACAUCUGGCCCGGGACUCCAAUUUGCGUGUAUGGAAAAUCGCAGGUGACAGUCACAGGUAUCCCCCCUGUUGCACCCACGACUAUUCCUGGUGGCGCGACUUGCUGGGCCAACUAUCGUUCACAGCUUGGGGACACUUGUGACAGCAUCGGAGCACGCUUUGGAAUCACUCCCCAGGAUGUCUACAACGCCAAUACGUUCCUCAAUUGCAACGAUAUCUGGGACGGCACGCCUAUUUCCAUCUGCGUCGGUGAAGGCACGAGAACGAGGACGACUGUAGUCAAUGCACCGACUGCAAUUCCUACUGGCCCGGUAGGCCCGGUAGACCGGUGCCCCUACACUCGCUCCCUAGAAGGCGAUACCUGUGAUACAAUUGCAAAUCGUUUCCAUAUCACUGCUGCCGAAGUUUACAAUAGCAACAGGUUCCUGGACUGCAAUAAUAUUUGGACAAACACUCCUGUUAUUAUUUGCCUUCACCCGGACCCGUCAACCCCGGCCGUAACUGUAUCUACACCUUCUGUCAACUUUUGCUGGACUACAUACUCUGAAGAGGGCGACACCUGCGAUAUUGUUGCAAACCGCCUUGGCAUCAGCAGUGCCGACGUCUGGGAUAAGAACCGCUUCGUGGACUGCAAUAACAUCUGGACGCACACGCCUCUUGUCAUCUGUGAUCGUCCAGCUCCUACACUCGCACCGAGUACAACCGUGACCGCGUCCAGAGCUUGCUGGACGGUCCGUUCAAAGGCUGGCGAUACCUGUAACUCGAUUGGCGCGCGCUUCCGUAUUAGUAGCUCUAAGAUUUACAAUGACAACAGCUUCUUGAAUUGCAACGACAUCUGGACGAAUACGCCGAUUGCAAUCUGCCCCUCAGGAAUGCGCUGGCCUUUUGGCGCGAUCAGUGAUCUUUUCAACCACUUGUUCCCAUCUCGAACAUCCAGUCUGACUACGAUGACCUCGACAAGUCCAAUCGAAGGCACGACGUCUUCAUCCUCGGCUAGUCCUACAUCGUCAUCGGUCUCCGCCACACCUUAUUCGUCUUCUGCCGAGGAUUACGUGGUCCCAACUACGACUUCCUCAUCUGCAGAGGAAUACAUCAUUCCGACUUUGUCUUCUUCAUCUGCAGAGGAAUAUGUCAUUCCAACGCCGUCUUCUUCAUCGGUCGAAGAAUACGUUGCCCCAGCGUCGUCCUCUUCAUCCGCAGAAGAAUAUGUUGUCCCAAUGUCGUCUUCUUCAUCAGUCGAAGAAUAUAUUGUCCCAACGUCGUCCUCUUCAUCCGCAGAAGAAUAUAUUGUUCCAACCCCGACCUCGACCUCUUCUGCUGUGGAAUAUGUCGUUCCGACGGAGUAUGUCGUUCCGACAGAGUACAUCAUCCCAGCGCGCCUGUAA